CACAAGACUCAGUCAUACAUCGUUUUUGCUCACGGAAACACCGAGAAGUAUCCAAAUAAUGGCAAUCCUGGCUCAUUUUACGACAGCAUGCUUGAAAAAUUUUCAAGGCGACCGGCUAAAUAAGCAGCUAUUCUUCAUUUUACGCGCCUUGCACAAGUCGGCAGCCAGCGAGGCUUUUGGGAUCGCGGCUGGAGAAGAAGCCCUGCCGGAACGAUUGAUCACACCGGCGAAUUCCGGCGAGAAGACCUUAGUCAAGACCCUGAAGGAGAUGCCUGGACCCAGCACCUUAUCCAACUUGGUCGAGUUCUUCUGGAGAGACGGAUUUAGCAGAAUUCAUGAAAUUCAGAUGAAGCACAAGAAGAUGUAUGGCAAAAUCUUCAAGUCCCGUUUUGGGCCCCAGCUGGUGGUCUCAGUGGCAGACCGUGACUUGGUGGCUGAGGUGCUGAGGGCCGAGGGUGUGGCCCCUCAGAGAGCUAACAUGGAGUCCUGGAAGGAGUACAGAGACAUGAGAGGCCGCUCCACGGGCCUCAUCUCAGCUGAGGGAGAAGAUUGGCUGAAGAUGCGGAGUGUGCUCAGACAGCUCAUCAUGCGCCCGCGUGACGUCGCAGUCUUCUCCGAUGAUGUGAACAAAGUGGUAGACGCCCUGAUAAGGAAAGUUUGCAUCCUGCGCGCCGAGGACUCUGACGGAGCAACUGUCUUCAACGUGAAUGACCUCUUCUUCAAAUACGCCAUGGAAGGUGUGGCAGCCAUUUUGUACGAGUGCCGACUAGGCUGUUUGGAAAAGGAGAUUCCCCAGGAAACCCAAGACUACAUCAGUGCCCUGCACCUCAUGUUCAGCUCCUUCAAGACAACCAUGUAUGCCGGGGCGAUCCCCAAGUGGCUCCGACCGAUCAUCCCCAAACCGUGGGAGGAGUUCUGUCUGUCCUGGGAUGGCCUCUUCAAAUUCAGCCGCAUUCACGUUGAUAAGAGGCUCGCAGAGAUCAAGUCCCAACUGGAGCGGGGAGAGGAGGUGAAGGGGGGGCUGCUCACACACUUGCUCAUUACCAAGGAGAUGAGCGUAGAGGAGAUCUACGCCAACGCAACGGAGAUGCUACUGGCUGGUGUCGACACGACAUCCUUCACCCUUUCGUGGGCCACGUAUCUGUUAGCGCGGCACCCUCAUGUACAGCAGCAGAUCUUUACAGAAGUGACGAGGACUCUGGGACCUGGAACAGUGGCCACAGCGGAGGAUGUCCCUCGUCUGCCUCUCAUCAGGGGGCUGGUCAAAGAGACUCUCAGGCUUUUUCCAGUUCUCCCAGGCAACGGACGGAUUACCCAGGAUGACUUGGUGGUGGGAGGAUACUUCAUCCCCAAAGGGACUCAGUUGGCCCUGUGUCACUACUCCACGUCUUUGGAUGAAGAAAACUUCCCCGACGCUUCAGACUUCCGACCGGAUCGCUGGAUCCGGAAAGAUUCCACAGAUCGUGUCGACAACUUUGGCUCGAUUCCCUUUGGCUACGGCAUCAGGAGCUGCAUCGGCAAGAGAAUAGCAGAGUUAGAGAUGCAUCUAGUUCUCACAAGGCUCAUUCAAAGGUUCCACAUUGGCAUGUCUCCUCUCACUGCUGAUGUCAAGGCCAAAACACACGGCCUGCUCUGCCCUGCUGCCCAAAUCCACCUGCAGUUCAUCGACAGGGAAAACUAGACACGGACACUUCCCCGUAAGGUCUACUGUACUGUAUGUUUAUGCUGAUUUGUUGAGAUUUUUUUUUUCUCUAAAUACACUGCUUUUAGUACAUCUUCCACUGUUAGAUUGUAGAUACCGAGCUGAGACUGAGGUUUUACUCAGGCAAGAAAUGUGUCUCACCUUCUCCUGUUCGUUAGUGAGGAGGACGCAAAGUUAGUACUGGACUGACAAUGUAAAGAUGAAAGCUCUUCUUUUAUGUAUAUUAUUUGUACUUAGUGAAAACCACUUCAGUUUGUACUGUUACUCCUUCCAUUCAUUCUAUUCAAAAUAGUGAGUGGGAAAAAUGAACCGCAGCCUAAUAUGCUCAAACUGCAUUAUUUUAUAUUGAUGUGCAUGCAUGUAUGUAAUGUGUGCACACACAUUAAUACAUAAUCACACUGUUUCCUCCCUAAGUUUGAGAAAUUAAUUCACUGAGAAUGCUGAGGGGUAACCAUGAAUGUACUGAAAAUUAGCUGUUUUAAGAGGUACAGUAUGUAUAUAAUGAGCUUUAUUUUAAGAUUGUGUCGCAAACCAAAAUUUUGUUGCAGGUUUUUUUUUUUUUUAAGGCACCACAAUGUUUUUAUUAACAAUGAGUGGCAUGAGAUGAUUUUAAUCUGUGUAUAUCCAUGAAAUAAUACAGUUAGAGAAAAAUAAACUGUUUAGAAUAUUUUCAAAUUUAAACAUAUGAUUGUAGGAAAUUAUUAAUUAGAUCCCCCUGUCAGUUAGAACUAAUAAUUGAACCACUAUAAACUAAAUUAAUCAAAAUGUAGAACGCUUGCUCAAGCAAUGAAGUGUACAUCUGUUUUUUUCACACAAUAUAUCUGGAUCCAAAAAACAUGUUCAGUAUUUUAUCUUUGUGUAAAGUGUUUUUUUUUUCCAGAACAUCAAUUACAUUAAGGUUUUAUUGAGAAAGAUAAUGUAUGUUAAGUUCUUGUAAGGAGAAGAGACAAGUUGAUGGAUUGUACCAUUAUGAAGGAUCACACUGGUUUGCAUGGAGGAAAAUUGAGACAUUUUAUAUCUUUGUAUUUAUCUGCUCUUUUGUC